AUGGACUUCUUUAAGAACGCCCUCGACCUGCUCAAGCGGGACGACAAGUUGUUAUUUGCAACUCGGCAGAACGGAUCCUUCUCACCGACAUCCUCCCAUAAGAGCUCCUCUCCAGGAGUGAUGAGUACUGGGAGUGAUAGAGGAGGAAUAGUGGUAGAAUCCUCCUCCACCUCACUACAACAGCAACCUCCUGUGUUGCAAACAACAACCAAUGCUCCCACGGCCAGCAAUACGACCCUCCACAAUAAUAAUAAUGGAAGUGUCAAUCAUCAGAACGGUACGAACCCACUCUCGUCAACAACAGCAACAACAACACUGAUAACACAACCACAAACACCAACCAAUGGUAAAGGUGGUGGCGUUAUUGGAAAUAACAACAUGUCUCCUCCACAAAGCAAUGUCGUUGGAACAACAACAACAACCAAUGGCUCUACCAACGCUAUUCACACAGUCCACUCCUCAACGAACCUCUCCAAUGGGUCAAAUCCCAGUUCUCCUCUUUACUACUGUCCAAAUAAUAGUGAGUAUGAAUUACUCAAAUUGCUAGAAAAACAGCGUCAAUUGCGCAAAAAGAGACCACCACAACAGCAACAACAGCCAAUGGCUUCUUCCAUUCUUCCUCCCACCACAAAUAUGUCUGUGUCUAGUUCUACUCCUUUGCCAACUGUCAGCCUGAACGCUCCAACAAAUAUUAAGCCAGUGUCUGCUGCCAAUCCUUCCGUUAAAAGAAAGAUUGGAGGUGGAGGUAUGAUUCAAUCUGUCUCCAUGACAAGUAAUCCACCAGGAAUACCAGCAACAAAACCUCCUCCAAAGAAGAUUAAAACCACGGACACACGUUGA